GCAGAGCUCCGUUUGCGUUACGUGGUGGUGCGGCGGCGGCGGCGUAUUAUGCGGUGGCGGCAGGUGCGGCCGCCUGCGCGCUGUGGGCCGCACUGCUGCCCAGCCCGCCUCGCCCCUCCCUGCAGGUGGCGGAGCAGCUGCGGGAGGGGGAGGGGGCAGCGGCAAACCGGGCGGGAGCAGCGCACCAGCAGCACCAGCACCAGCACCAGCGGGGGUGUUGCGGGCAGCUGGGAGGACGGCAAGGGGCUGGAGGCGGCGGCGGUGGAGGUGGGGGCGCAGGGGCCACCGAGGCUGCUUGCGCCGGAGGUGCAGGGGGAGGUGCUGUUGCAGGUGCUGCGGAUGCGGGGACACUGGGAUCAGGGUGCAGCGGCGGCGGUGAUGGCAGCAGCAAGGCCGGCAGGUGUGUGGGCAGCGGCUGCGGCAGCUCGCCCUCGUUUGUGUCGGUGCUGGAUAUGAGCGGUGGGGACCCAGAAGCGGAUGCUGCGACAAAUCCCGGGCAGGCCUCCCUCUCCGCUUCCGCCGCCACCCCCGCCCCCGCCGCCACCGCUGCUGGAACAGCGGCACCCGCAGCUGCCCCAGCACCUCCUGCUGUCUGUGCAGGCAGCCGCGGAGGAGGCAGUGAAGGGGAGCAAGAUGAUGAUUACGAUGAGGGUGAUGAGGGUUUCGGAAGCGCGCUGUCGUACUCGCCCCCGACCUCCUCAAUCAUCGCUGUAGCGGAAGAUGAAGGAGAAGAAGAUGUCGAGGCGGCGGCGGCUGAGCCGGUGAUGGUGGUUUCCCCGGGGGCUAAGGGGUCGGCAGCAUGUCAAAAUGGCGGCGGCCAUGGCACUUCGUCGUCGCCGGUAUCCCUGGUGGCGGCGACUGCGGCAACAAACGCGGGGGCAGCAGCCGCGGGAUGCAACGGCCGUGCGGGUGACAGUGCGGGUGCUGCUGUUGGUGGCGGUGGCAGCACUGCCGGCAGCGGAGGCGGCAUAGGUCGCACGUCUGGCUCUCUCCACGCGCCUUCUCCCUCUUCCUGUUCUCCCUCUUCCUCCUCCCCUCCCUCCCCCGCCUCCUCCCCCUCCGCUGCGCUGUUCCGGCGCUACCUUCGUGAGCUGCGGUUGGGUUGGCCGGUGCUGCUGCCGGUGGUGGUGCUGCUGUUCGCCAACAUAUCCACACAGGCCUCCUUCGGCGCCUGGGUGACCACCUACUGCCGUCUGGCGGCCCGACUGGACGAGCGCCCCGCACAGGCCGUCACCGCCGCAUACUGGGCAGCAUUCACGGGCACUCGGCUGGCGGGGGUGGCGGCGGCGGGGGCGGGCGCGCAUGCAUCGGGAGUGCUCGCGGUGACCAGUCCCUGCGCGGUGGUGGGGGCGGCGCUGGCGGUGCUGGGACUGCCACCGCACAUCCCAGGCCUCUUCCCCUCCUCCUCCGCACCCACCUCUUCCUCCUCAUUCGCCGCCGGUCUUCCCCUCUGGGCGCUGUACCUCUCCGUCAGCCUGGUGGGUGUGGGUGUGGCCACGGGCUUUGCCAACACCGUCAGUCUCACGGGUGACCACUUGCAGCUAGACGGCUUCACCAACGGCAUUCUGAGCUCGGUGGCGGGGCUGGCGUCCGCACUGUGCCCCGCUGCCGUACCCUGGUUGGCGGAGCAUACGGCGAUGGGGUACGGCAGUUUGAUGGCGGUUGCGCUGGUGAUGAGUGGGGUGCAGUUGGCGGCGGUUUGGGCGGCGGUGGUUGGGGCGAGGUGGGUGGAUGAGUG